CGGUGGCUCUCCCUCGCCUCGCCUCACCUCAGUCCUCUGGCGGUCGGGAGGGGUGGCACUAUUGCGCUCUCUCGCUCUCGGCACCAACUUGAUCCUCCUGGCGACAGUAUCUUGUGGCACGCAUUUGUGUGCUUGUGGGGAAGGAAUGAUAUCGAAACUAUCUUCCCUCAUGUUCCAUUCGUGACUAUGGUUUACAUUAAUGGUGGUAUGUACUAACAUUACACAUUGGUAAAAAAAAAAAAUGCCUUGAGAGGAGGUAUAUAAUGGUGACCCUCCCGGGAAAGUAAUUUGUAUAUUAAUUUUGGUGUGAGCGACGGGAAAUUUGUGAACUAUAAACCAUUUUUUUAAUUAGUGAUUUGUGACAAAGCUUACGAAUCAAAAUCUUCGUGAAAAUCACCUGGAAAUUGUCAGUUCGAGGAGAGUGACCGGCUAGUUUGCGAGGUGUCCCAACUGUAGCCGGCGUGGAUGGUGCUGCCCACGACCGCCCACAGGAUGCCGUGCUCAGACUACCUUCUUGUCCUGUCACUUCUGCUACUGGCCCUCCUCCACCCCCACCCGGCGCGCGGAGCAGCCCCUGUGCGGCCCGAGGAGUGGUGGGAGGGUCGGCCGCGCCCCUACUUCGCUCACUCCCCCGCCAAUCUCACCGUCAUCUCCGGCCAGACCGCCUUCCUGCCCUGCCGCGUCCACAUGCUCGGGGACCGAUCCGUGAUGUGGAUGCGGGGACGCGACCUUCACAUCCUGACCGUGGGGAAGGUGACAUACUCCGCCGACGAGAGGUUCCAGAUCCUGCACAGCCAGGAGACGGACGACUGGACGCUGCAGAUCCAAUACACUCAGCCCAGGGACGCCGGGGCCUACAAGUGCCAGGUGAACUCCGACCCCAAGAUUGUGAGGAAUGUGUACCUCACUGUUACAGACAAGCGGUUCCUGGACGGACAACUGUAUAAGAUGCCGACCACUGUCAAGGAGCAAGGUGAGUUCGGGACGCACAUCGUGGGCGGCGGCACCAGGUUCCUGCAGGCGGGGUCGUCGCUGGCCCUGGAGUGCGUUGUCACCCACACCCGCGGCCCGCCCCCUGCCGUCUUCUGGUACCGUGACAACGACGUGCUGGACUACGACUCCCCAAGGGGCGGCAUCUCCCUGGAGGUGCAGAAGGCGGGCCAGCAGACCACCUCGAGGCUGCUCAUGUCGUCGGUGCGGGAGAGUGACUCGGGAAACUACACAUGCGUACCCGUCAACGCCCCCACCGCCGCCGUCACCGUCCACGUCAGCACAGACGACGAUCUGCGGGCGGCGGUGCAUCAAGGGGACCUGAGUGGGGCGCGGCGCGUCCUUCCUGGAGGCAGCGCGAGAGUCCCCUUCCUGCUGGUGACCUUGGGAUGGCUGCUGGCGCUGCGGCCCACCUAACAAACUGUUCAUGUUCUUGAGUUUGUUACAAGUCUCCACUUCCCGGCUUGACCCUGAAAAUAAGACAGAAGUGGAGACGAGGAGUGUGGUAAAGCUGGCAUGUAUGGUGGAGCUGAGUGGACUGGGCUUCGGCAACAAGGAGUGAAGCACAUGAUGCAGAGGAGGAUGGAGGGGAGGAUCAUGCCAGGCAAAAGCAACAUCCUUGCAACAGUGCAACACGAAAAUGAAGUUCAUUUCUUCAUCAAGCUGCGUGGGACAAGACUCACUCAUAAGUUUGUCAAGCAAUUAGUGGCUGAGGAACAGUAGCAUUUAUAAGGACACAAAUGAAUACCAUGUGAUAACUAAUCUCAGAUCUGUAUUUCCAUCACCUGAUUGUUGGUGACUGCAUUUCCAUUGGACAGUCACUUGAUAGUUCCCUUCAGAAACACAGAUCAUCAAGCACUUUACCAUUGAGCAUUAAAAAAAAACAAGAGUUGAAAUAAUCAAGCCUAUUUUUAGUCUUGAAGGCAACUUUAGGAGAUUGAAAUGCAUUGAUGCUAAUCUGCAAGGAAAAAAAGCAGAUUAUUGUAGUUUGCUGGGUGCUUCACAACCCUUGAGUGCAAUGAUGAACUGUUGCUUUUAUCCAGUGAGGUAGUACAUGAAAUUGCUCAUGGUAAUGCAAUGGAUAGCAAACUCACAGCCACAACUGUAUAGAAGGAGCAGCCCAGAGAGAAAGAACAGCCUUUAAGUUAUGAUAUACACUGCAUGCAGGGAUGAUUACUGAUAUUGAUCGAGACCAGAAUUAUCAUCCACUACCUUGAUAAUAAUUUUAGUGUUGCUCAGUUUUAGUAACUCAACUUUUCAUCAUAUAGAUUUUUCCCCUUUUCAUGAACGUCACAUUUUUACUUUCACUAUCCACUUGUAUCUUGCUAUAUUAAUUUCUUCAUUUGCAAUUCACAAAAGGAGUUGGUUACAGAAAUUUCUAGCAUAUACAGUACUCUACUUAAAUGUUGAACUUUUCCUUCUAGUUCUCUAAAUUGUCAAGUGGUCAUUUCUGUUAAGUAUUCAGACUUUCUCCGUUUUCUUUUUACAAGUCCUUUUUCCACCCCCACUACAUGUAUUCCCUGCUUGUACCCUCCUGGUCACCACUCAGCAGAUUGUAUGGUUUAAGAUGAACUCGAGUGCCUUCAUUGUAUAUGGUAGACAAGUGUAAGAGAUAUUGAUAAUUUAUGUAUUACUUAAAUCUAUUUUUGUAUAUUGUGGUAUUUUAUAUUACUGAUAGUCUUUUUAUGCAUUAAUCAUACAAGUGAUUAAGUAUUUUUAUAUCAAACCAAACUUAGCAGUUUUUUUUUCUAAACGGAGUGAUAGUAG